AAAAGGGAUAAAUAUCACUACCAAAACCGACAACAAUUUCGUUUUCAAGAUCUUCACGCCGUCCUCGUCUUUUGAACAGUCAGCGCAGCAAGGUCGUUGAUGGUCCCGCUGCUCAACAACUCCAAGAUCUGCAAGUUGGCUCGGAACUCCUUGGCGAUCCAGUUUCGCAAUUCAAUGGCAGAUACCUUGGCCGGCGAUGUUGGCCGCCUCUUCGUCACUGCUGGCUGCACGGAAUACAUUUCCUGGGGAAAUGGUCUGCUUCGGCAUCAAGCCCUCACGCUCGGCGGCCGCAAGACAUUCGGCCUUGAGCUCAGUGAAGCGCGGAUCCGAAGCAUAGUAGGGCCAACCGCCAUCAGCGCCGAGGUGCAGCUUGAGACCAGUCAGGCAUUGCGCCGGGCAUUCUCCUCGGACCGCAGCCGAAAGCAGGGCAAGGACCUCCUCCUCUGA